AUGCCUCCUAAAGCGGAAAUAACAAUCGUUAAAUUCAAGCGAGCAAGGUCAACCUAUGUCAUUUCUCUCAUUCUCAAUCAGAAGAAAAACCUAACUGUGGAUCACUUCAUCAGUUCUUUGGUGCAUGCAAUAAAUUCGUCUGGUGGACUUCGUCUCGUUGAGCUGAUCGACACGGAAGACAAGGUUCAAGUUGCACCGGAGGACAUUGAGCUAGCGUACCCAAGAACGAAGGACGCGCCCUAUUCUAAUGAGUGGAUCCCCAUUUUAGAUGAUCUGGCAAUCGAACUGACGGUGUUAAACGAUUAUGAUAUAAUAGGAUUCAAGUUUACUGACGAUGCUGACUUUAUGAUCGAGCAACCUGUCUACGAAGAGGAAGCAGUGUGA